UCUACAAAAGGCCGUCCAUCCCAUUGUCCAGAAGCAUUCGGGAUCUCCUCAUUGUCCUGUUCUCCUGCAUCCGGCAUGGCUCCUAAAAAAGCGAAGAAGCGUGCGGCUGAAGGAGCCAACUCCAAUGUCUUCUCCAUGUUUGAACAGGCUCAGAUCCAGGAGUUCAAGGAGGCAUUCACCAUCAUGGACCAGAACAGAGACGGAUUCAUUGACAAGAAUGACCUGAGAGACACAUUUGCAGCUCUAGGGCGGCUGAAUGUGAAACAGGAGGAGAUUGAUGAGAUGCUGAAGGAGGCGUCGGGACCGAUCAACUUUACCGUGUUUCUCACCAUGUUUGGAGAAAAGCUCAAAGGAGCGGAUCCUGAGGAAACCAUCCUCAACGCAUUCAAAGUGUUCGAUCCGGAGGGAAAGGGCAUCCUGAAGAAGGAAUAUGUGACUGAGAUGUUGACCACACAGGCGGACAGGUUUUCACCAGAGGAGAUGGAGCAGAUGUUCAGUGCUUUCCCUCCAGAUGCUGCAGGAAACUUGGACUACAAGAAUCUGGUGCACAUCAUCACUCACGGAGAGGAGAAAGACCAGGAGUAGAGUCUUCAGUUCUCAGCCAAUCACAGCACAUCGCUCCGCAUGGUCACGCCCACUCACCCGUGAUUGACAGGCUUGACAGUUGAUAUACGUACUGCAAGUUUUUUUAAUAUAUGAUAUCCUAUUUGCACCUUGUCAUAUUACUUGUUGAAAUGUACUUGCAAAAUAUUGUAAUAGGUAAAUAAAUGGACAUGAAAUUUUG